AUGUGUACCAACGGCGACGCGAUGACGACGAACGAUGUGAUCGCGAUUCAACGUCGUCGAUCCGACGACGACGCGCCGAAGACACCGCCGAAAACGCCAAGUUCUUCCGAUAAUCUUUUGCACGUCUUGGCGGGCUGGACGACGAUAACGCCCGCGCCACUGGGCGACGACGCCGAGAAAGAAGACCAAAAAGACGAUGACGACGACGACGACGACGCGCUUUCUCGGUGUACCACCACCAAUCGGCGACUCGAUCGAGAUUUUGGUCGUCACGCCGAGCCCAUCGACGACGGCGCGCUGACGACGCCGACGGCGCCGCCGCCACCGACGGAGCCGUUCCCAGCAAAAGGACGAGCGCUGCUGAACACGCUUCUGCCGAAUUUAAAGACAUCGCCGUCAGAGUCACCAUCGCCAUCGUCUUCAUCCUUAGCUCGAAUCGAAGCUUUGCUGCAGGCGUUGGUCAAACGCGUGGAAACGGUCGAAAGCAAGCUCGAUGAGGUGCUUUCGAGAUGUGACGAGCGGCAAAAACAUGAUGACAACGCGCUCGACGAUGCGUGCGAUGAUGAUGACGAUAAUCAUUUCCACACACCCAAGUCUGAACCGCGAUCUAUUUCGAUAGCGUCGUCGCCGUGUCUCGUCAGAGCGUCGCCGUCGCCGUCCAUCGUCAACGCCUUCGCGGAGCUCUACGUCUCGUGA